AUGUCAAGGCAAGUGCUUUUACUAUUACUCGUCUUGGCUCAAGGACUGUGGUGGUCUGCUGCACAGUCCAAUAGCCAGUGUCAAGAGCUCCGUAACUCCUUUCUUCGUCUUGACAAUACCACUUCAACCCCGUGUUGCAAUGAGACCACCACCUCGCCAGAUUUUUAUGCAGAAUGCAAUUCUCAAGGAAGCAUAACAGUAUUGAACGUCAAUGGAGCAACAACGAAGCAUACUUGCAGCAAUGAAACAGCAUCACUUCUCACCAACCUCAUUGACCUACACAACUUGACGCUUGAUUACUACAUUGACGCGGCACGGUGUCCUGAAGUAUUCUCACCUACUAUCUACAACAACUUGACACACUUGAAAACAUUAUCAUUACGAGGGAGUCAACUAUUAUCCAAUGUAUCUGUAUCAACAGCCAAUACUAGCCACAAUACUAUCGAAGCACUCGACCUUUCGUAUAGCAAUAUCUCCACGGGCUCGUCACUGCAAUGGUUGAAUCUAGUCUUUCCUCAAGUGAAACGUUUGACUUGGCUCAGUGAUUCUCCGAUGCCAACAAUGCGAUUGCCUUGUAUGUCUUUCACCAACCUUACGUUCAAUGCUGUGCCAUCGCAAGAUAUCAUUCAAUGGAUCACCAAUUGUACUCGAUUGGAGCAGCUGGAUCUACAUCUUGUCAUGAAUGAACAACAACGAGAUAUCGAUAUCAGCACAUGGCUGCAGCCUAUCAGCACGAGUCUCAAUGCAUUACAAUACUUAUCAGUCAUUGUGGAUAAUCCUACAGCUGUCAACGUCAUCUCGAGCUUUCCCACUUGGUUGAACCAUCUCAGCAACUUGACAUCCAUCAUUUAUCAUGCAAAAGUGAAGGAUAGCAUUCCUCCCAAUAUUCUUGAUACGCUACCUUUGACGACCUUGGAUUUGUACGGCAAUCGUUUGUAUGGUGACCUUCCAGGGUCUUUAUCCAGUACCCAGCUGCAAGUUGUUGAUCUAUCAGAGAAUGAGUUGACCGGCACCAUCCCUCCAAUGUUGGGUAAUACGACAUCAUGCAACCUCGAUGGCAAUCCGAUUCUAUGUUCUGGUAUAGGCAAUUCAUGGUCGCUAUGCCAACAUUGCAAUUUGGUACCUGGAUUCUUGGGAGUGAUGUUGCGUUAUAAGAUUCAAUGGAUCGUUAUCUUGGCGUGUCUUGCGGUGGUUCUUAUCGGUUGGGUUUAUAUUGCAUUUCGAAAGCACCAGCAGACGUCAUUCCUUGUGUGGGUUGGCGUGUUUUACUCGCUUUUCAGCUUUAUCAAUUUGCUCACUACUUUGGUGCAUCUCGGCAUGAAUGUCACAUUAUAUACAACCACCUUCUCCAUCAUGCUUGCAACAACUGCUUCAUACCUCGCCAUCAACUGCUUGUUGUAUCGUUAUUGUUGUCGACGUUUCAGUAUCUUGGUGAUCCGACGCACGUGGCCAGUGUUCUUGUUAUGUUGCUUGGAUAUGAACAACUUUGGAUUAUACGAGAUUCGAAUGCUCAACCUAUCAGCCUAUCGCAAGCAGAUCGAUCUUCGCGUACCUGUCGUCUUGAGUUGGCAAAAAGUGAUCGUGGCAGACAUUGCACAUACAGCGAUAGCUAUCUUUUUGAUCAUGCUACACUCCCCAGUUGCAUCGGUUCUAUUGACAUGUAUUACUUCAGGAUUGGGAAUUGUACGAGCGAUGGUGCAAGUAUGUUUGAUCUGGUAUCAUGCAAGGAGAGAACGAAGGUUUCAUCCCAUUGACAGGGGCGCUGCCCAUCAAAAGGCCAUCCAUGGAAAUGAUACUCCAUCCACCAGCACUGUACAUCGACCUGAACUUGAAUUAGCUCAAUUGAUCAACAACAGAGAAACAGCUUAG